GUCGAAUCGGUUGUGAAACAGGAGAAUGAAUUGUCGAAAUCGAAGAAAACGACUACCAGUACUGUUUCAAAACGCAAACCGCCCGCCCGAAAGAUGCAGUAACACCUCCUUUGGCUGUUCGUGCUUCUCAUAGAUUACGAUCGUACCAUGUUUAUUGACGAUAUCAAAUCAUCCACGAACAAUAAGGGCGGCGCUGCGCCGAUCGUUAUUACCAACAUCUCGAGAUUGGUAUCUUCCGAGAAGCCUGAAUGAAUAAGAUAUAUAAUAUAUAGCAGCUCGUCCUCGAACGAAGACAACUUACCACCCCUCCUCAACUCGAACCUUCGCCUCAAACACUAGAUUCGUCCCUUCACCUCGACCUCCUCUCACUUCCAGAUCUACUCACCUACCCACCCGUCGCUUCGCUCACAACGAUGACUCCGACUACUACCGAACGGACCAGCUUGAAAAGCAGGAGGGUUCGGCACGCUCGGUCGGACCUGGACUGGUCAGUCCAAAGAACGCCGGGGUGGAAGCUGUGGCAUUGGCGAAUUGUCAAAGAUCGUUAUCACUCGCUAGUCGUCCCAGCAAAAUGGGCCGAACUUGAAGACUUAUUCGACGCUAAAGCUGCGGAGCUCGGUGAUACGAAGCAGACCAAAACCGCCGGCGAUAUCGCUAGGAGAGUCGGAAGCGGAGACAACCGUAUGAAGUUCAACCAGGUCGCUCAACUAGCUGUCUUGACCGGCCGAGGCCCUAGCUCCUUCACCGAGGACGAACAGCGUUUUUUUGCCGCGAUCAAGGGUCAAUACGUCCGCCGGGCAUACAAGGCCGGUACUCUCUCUGCGUGUUGCCUUAAACUCUCCGAGGAUCUUGAAGACUGGGCCGCAGAAGACUCAACCAGGGUCGUUCAUCCCCGCACCCCUGACAAAAUCUUCAAAGUCUUGUCAAACAUCCUCGCAAGAAACGAUCCCAAAGACUGGUUUAGCAAGCAAGAAAACCCUGAAUUCCAUCGUCAGGAGAUUGUCAAGCACGAGGAGUGCCUCGACGCGAUUGACAAAAGGAAGAUCCAAGACAAGGAAUAUGUCGGAACCUGGUGAAUACGAACUGAAUAUUGUCGCAGCAGUUUUAAUCAGCCAAGUUCGAUAAAGGGAUACAUAACUUUCCGUUACGACGGUUUCUUACAGCGGCAUAAUGAUAUAGGAGAUCGGGCACUAGGCUAACCAUAUAUACGCAGGGAUUCAUAAAUAUCGCCAUUACUGAAGAAGGGUGGUGUUGUUGUACCAGUCUGAUAUAUGAUAUGCGC